AUGAGCUUCCUUACAAUCCUCUCCAGACAGUUCAAGACAAACAGAAGGGCCAUGCUCUACUGCACGGUGUCGUUUAUUGGCGCCCUCGUCUUCGGGUACGACAAUACCUACUACAAUGGCGUCCUGGCCAUGCAGGAAUUGGCCAAUGACUACGGAACACACCAUGACUCCGACGGGAAGAAAGCACUCGCGCCCUCAUUCCAGAGCCUGACGACAAGCAGUGUGUACAUAGGCGACGCCCUGGGGGCAAUGACAGCAUCCUGGAUCAACGACCGCUGGGGCCGCAAAGGGGCGUUCUGGUUCGCCUCGUUCUUUUCCAUCGCUGGCGGUAUCGUCCAGGUCGCAGAUACCCAUUACGAGAGUGUUCUUGUAGUCGGUCGAAUCUUGAUUGGAAUUGGCGUGGGCCAGUUCACGGCCACCAGCUUGUUGUACUGUGGAGAAGUGGCGCCGGUGGAGAUUCGAGGGCCGGUGCUCAAUCUGUACCAGUUCCUGCAGUCUGUUUCUCAGCUGGUGGCUUCUUGCAUUACUCAAGGGACGGAGGGGAUCCCAACGUCACUCUCGUAUAAGCUACCGAUGGGUGGGCUGGUGAUCCUACCGUUGGUUAUGGCCUGCGUGCUGCCCUUUAUUCCCGAGAGCCCUCUGUGGUAUGUCCUGAAGGAUAGGCCGGACGAUGCGGUCAGAUCACUUUACAAGAUCAACAAGAGCAUUCCGAACUAUGAUCCUGCAGCUGAUAUGGCAGCCCUGGAGGACAUCAAGAAGGCGGACGAGUACCAGGCCGAAGCCUCUUCCUGGAGGGCCCUGAUCACAGACGCCGUCGAACGGCGCAAAGUCAUAGCCUCCGCUGGCGCCCUCUUUUCCCAGCAGAUCUGCGGCAUUCUCUACUUCUACAGCUACGGUGUGGUGAUUGCGCAGUCAAUCGGCAUGAGCCAGCCGUUCCUGAUUCAAUUGAUCACCAACGUCCUCCAGGUGUUCGCAGUGAUGGCCUGCGUGGUGACAUCCAACAAGAUUCGCAAGAGGACGAAUCUGCUGGUGACGACGGCAAUCAUGUUCUUCGCCUUCAUCAUCAUCGGUGGCUGCGGCACAACUGAGAUCACAAACGCAACUCGAUAUGUGAUUGUCGUCAUCAGCUAUGUUACCGUCGUGGCCUACAAUUUCGGGCAGGGCCCGUUGACGUACGGGGUUGCGCGGGAGAUGGCUGUCGGCGCCAACCAGAACAAAAUUAUGUCCGUGUCGGUGGUCGUCUUGUACGUCUCUGCUUGGUUGAUCAGUUUCACGGCCCCUUAUCUUUAUUACACGGCAAAUCUGGGGCCAAUGCUUGGGUUUGUAUACGCCGGUACUACGGUUUCGUCGCUUUUGUGGGUCUGGUAUUGUGUUGGAGAGACUACAGGCAGAACGAGUAUUGAAAUUGGCGUGUUCUUUGAGAAGCGUAUUCCCGUGCGGAAGUGGGAGAGCUAUGAUUUUGCGGAUGAAGUCGAUGUUGCCGGUGGAAAACGGCUGUCUCCUACUGGAGACGUGGAACACAAGGAAGUACCAUCUGUCUGA